AUGUCUUCUCGCAAUGUCACUCCCCCCCCGCAACCCAGAGGACCAUCAAGCGCCCCCGUCACCUGUAACUCAACCCCUUGCAGCGCGAGCCGCUUCACCGGCGAAUACACGCACUCUUCAACUAAAGCCAUCACUAAAGCCGUCACAGUUCCUGCCAUCUCUCACUCUCUCAAGGGAGCCAUGCUGGACAACGUCACUGGGCUUCUAGACGUCGUUUUUCCGAACUCUGAACUUCCUAUGCGCCUUGACCACGCACUUGCUUACGUCUCCGAUCCUGAGAACGGGUCUGACUGCCUCUAUCGCGAAGGCCAAUGGACUGGUUUUGCAUCGCUGCCGGCCCAUAAUCCCCAGUCGCCAGGAGAACGUGAAGAAGCCGUUUCCCAGCAGUUCAACGCUAUUGCGGACGCUGUAUCACGGUGUAAGGCCUUCCGCCCCUCUAAAGCCACCGUUCGCUGUUGGACGGGUCACUUCGCCACCAGGCCUUUAGGCGAUACCAACCAACCGACGUUGGAGGCCUGCCAGAGGUACCCGGACGGCGUGUUACUACCUCAGGUCUACCGCGAUCGUCCCGGUGACGCUCUCAGACAGGAUGCUGUGGCGUUUUUGGAAGUCAAAUCCGGUAAGGAUGGCGCCACCCCGGGGACCAGCUCCGCGGGGGAGCUGAAGGAGAACGUUCGAUUAGCCUUUGGCGCUCAGUACGACAGACGCUUUAUCCUCGGGAUCACCCUGGUUUCAGAUUCAAUGCGGCUCUGGCGUUUCGACAGGGCAGGAGUUCUGCAGUCGAGAGAGUUCAAUAUCCACGACAGUCCUGACGACUUUCUUCGUGUGGUGUGUGGGUUUGCCUUCGCCAACCGUGACACUCUCGGCUUCGAUCCUACCGUCUCCGAACCCGAUCUGUCUGGAGUUCGGACGAUACAAGUCAAAAACAAGCGUUACAAGAUACUGGACGUGUUGCAUAUGUCUGGCACGCUCAGAGGUCGAGGGACGAUUAUCCUCCGUGUACGCUCCGGGAGGAAAGGAGGCAUGUAUAUCAUCAAGGAUUCGUGGGUCGAUGUUAGUCGGCCAGAAAAGGAGUGCGAAAUUCUGGAGCGCGCGUCCAAGGAAAAGAUAGAAGGAAUUGUGCACAUGUUGACUCAUGAGCGGGUCAGUUUUCACGGCGCGGUAGACUCGACGAAGACUAUUCGCGAGAAGCUGCACAUGGUCGAAAACGUGGACAAAAAGAGCGGUCGCGCGCCCGAGACGCGGGAGCAUUAUCGCCUUGUUCUGGAAGAAUCAGGACUUUCUUUGCGCCACUUCGCUACCCGUCGAGAGUUGCUCAGUGUCUUGAUAGACGCCGUCGAAGCUCAUCGUCGAAUGUACGAAGAUCUUGGCGUGUUGCAUCGUGACAUCAGCUUCCGCAACAUAUUGAUUUUGGACGCCGAAGAUGACACAGAGAAGAAACAAGAGGGAGAGCGUCCAGGUCGCCUAAUUGAUUUUGAUUACUCCAAGACCAUGAAUCGACCCACCGAUAACGAUCCGGAGGAACACAAAAAUCAUCGUUCCGGAACGUUGCCAUUCAUGUCGGUUCACCUUCUUGCCAGCGAGACGCCGAUCGAGCCAGAGGUGCACCAUGAUCUAGAAUCCUUUUUUUACGUCCUCAUUUGGGCGUGUAUCGUGCUGCAAGGACCGGGACGCUACAGAGAACCAUUCGACGCCAUGACUACCCAGUUGCAGGACUGGCUUGCCGGAAACGCGGAGAGCUCUAUCUCAAAUGCGAAGUUUGGUCAAAUAGUUUCUACGAACUCUUUCGAACGGCUGUUGUCGGACUUCCACCCAUACUUCAAUCCCUUGAAGCCCACGCUCAGGGCGCUUAGAACCGCACUCAAAGUCAACCAAUGGGGCGACCCCAAUGGGGAGCGCUCGACAUACGACGAAUUUCUCGCUGCGCUCAGGUCUGGUCGCGAUGCUUUACCUCUCGUUGAUGACCCGCCACCGAUGGCCGGGCCUGUGGUUGCGGACCAGCGCCGUCCUCGGAGACAGGCAGCCGUCCGCAGUCACACGACGCUUUCCUCAAUGGCUUCCUCGAGAGGUCAGAAACGCAGUCGCCAGGAGAUCGAAGACGAAGAUGAAGCAACUUCAGCGCAUCAGAAACCCGAUUACCGCAGCAGCAACCAUAACGCGGGCUCGAUUGGCACCUCCCUAUCGGGAAAGAGGCGCAAGUAA